AUGAAGCAGGAGUGGGCCUGGCGCCUCACAUCGACACCCACGCUGCAUUUGAGGGUGCUGUUCUCUCGCUCUCCAUGGCCUGACCCCUCUCUCCCUCCCAUUCUCCUCUUCUCCGUCUCCCUUUCUCCCCUUUCCCUGUUUAUCAGAUCAAAGAGUACGAGGCAGGGGGACAGGGCGACGGAAAGUGAGGGAUUGCUGGUGAAGGAGAAGGGAAGUGAGGGGAUGAGGGAGAGAGUGGAAGGUGGGUGUUGUGGAGGGAGUGUGGUGAUGCGCUCACACGAGGGAGUGGCGGAGUGUGGGGAGGAGCGGGAGAAGGGAGAGAAAGCGGAGGAGCAGAGAGUGGCAGGUGGGAGUUGCGGUGGAAGUGUGGUGGCGCGCUUGCAUGAGGGAGUGGAGGAAUUGGCGGAGUGUGCGGAGGAGGUUGAGAGGGAAGAGAGGGGGGCGGGAAAAGAGAACACCAUUCCCCCUCAAACCUCCUCUUAUGUUGAUCCUUCCAACUCUUCGGACUCACCUCAAACCACCCCAGCAGUAGAGCGGGACUUUGUGCACAAGGUAUACGACGCCAAUGCUGGCGAUGGCAGCAGCAGCAGUGACCUAAACAUCCCGGCAGUAGAGCGGGACUUUGUGCACAAGGUGUAUGACGCCAUAGCGCCGCAUUUCAGCGCCACGCGCUUCGCCCGCUGGCCCAAGGUAGCUGAAUUUCUCCUCUCCCUCCCCGCGGGCUCGCUUGUACUCGACGCCGGGUGUGGGAAUGGGAAAUACCUCAAUGGUGGCUUACCUAUCCCACCUGCUCUCCCUCCUGCUCUCCCUCCUGCUGCCUCUGUCUCUGCGUCUUCCUCUUUGUCAGCAUGCGCUUCCUCCUCCGCAUUCCCUUCCUCCUCCUCCACUCCUUCCUCCUCCACCUCGUCCCCUCCCUCCUCCUCCCCUUCCUCCGCCGCCCCUCCCCGCCCACCGGCCGUUCUCAUUGGCUGCGACAUCAGCCCGUCUCUCGUCUCCAUUUGCACUCAGCGGGGUUUCGAGGCCUUUGUAGCCGAUACCCUCUCGCUCCCCCUCGCUUCCUCGCGAUUCGACGCAGCGAUUUCCGUGGCGGUUUUGCACCAUUUGUCGUCAGAAUCCCGGCGGAAGCACGCGCUAAGAGAGAUGCUUAGGGUGGUGAGGAGAGGGGGGAGAGUGCUGGUGACUGUGUGGGCUAGGGAGCAGGAGAAUCCGGGGUUGCUUGACAAGUGGACGCCGCUGAUUGGCCAGAUGGCAGAUAGGAGGGGUUUAGAAGGAAAAGUGAUUCCAGGAGAAGAGGGAGCAACAGCAGCAGGGGAGGGGGUCAGUGAGCAAAGUGCAGCAGGUGGCAGGGGAGAGAAGAACUUAAUUCCAGAGCAAGAGAAGGGAGGGGCAGGAGAAGCAAGGGCAGGGGGAGAAUCAGUACAAGGGAAAGUGACAGGAAUGGAAGCUUCCCAGGAGUUUCUGGUCCCGUGGCACCUGCCAUGCCAUCGAGUGGAGAUAGGCUCGGCAGCGGCGGCCCAGCACGUAGCCUCGGGGUUUGCUCGGCGCGAUGAAGCUAAGGGGUCGGUGGUGUACAACCGAUACUAUUAUGUUUUUACUCGAGGCUCAUCACAGAGAUUGGUGGUGCAUCAAUUGUUGAGAGCUUUUACGACAAGUCCAAUUGGUGUCCAGGGUUCCGAUAGUCUAGACCUACCAAACAGCGACUCCGUGUCCUGGUUGAGGCGAUAUCUGAGCUGCUGGUCAGCAUAUAGCACGGCUGGGCUGAAGUCCCACUCCGCGUUACGGCAGUCCCUAGAAGCGGGACAAAUACCAGCUCUCCACGAGUACCUCUUUUACCGAGCGACGUCAAACGUCGCCUGGCCAGCAAUGCUCCUCGCGGCGACUCAGCACCACCUUCCCCCUGUCUCCGAUUCCUCUUUCCAAGCCGUCCUCCCUCUCAUCUUCACUGCAGCCGCUCUCACAGCUCUUUCCGCCGAUUCCCUCCUCGUGACACGUGGCAAGCUCGCCAAGUCAGCGUCCUUGUCCGCUGCCCAGCUGUUCGACGGGGAGACGAAUCUUCUCCUCCAGAACUCCCUUGCCGUCGCGUUUGCUGCGGUCGCCAGUCGGAUCGAGCUCGAGGCAGAGGAAUUGACCGAGGUUGACGAACGCGCGGCGUUGCUGGGGUUCGUGCGCGUCGCGAAGAGCGCCGUUCACGGCGUCAUGGCGUGGUACGGCUGCGCGUGGCGAUUCCGAGCGCAGCCAGCUACAAAGACGGCGACGGCUGACGCUGACACUGGUUCGGAUGAUAAAGAGGAUAAGAUAACCGUGGAGGGAUGCGGUGUGGAGUUAAUCAACGACGUGCCUCAAUGGCUUAUGGAUGAGAUCGAGACUGCUGCUGCCGACUUCGCUGCGUUGCAUUGA